AUGAUACGAUUGGGCCGUAUACGACGUGAUCCGACAAUAUCCGAACAUGGUCCAUCAUCAUCUUCAGUAGAACCACAACGUGAUCCGUCUUUAUUUUUAGUAGAACUAGAACGUGGUUUAUCAUCAUCAUCAUCAUUCCCAAUAGAACCACAAAAUGGUUCAUCAUCUUCUAUAACAAUAUCUUUAUCAUCAUCGACGACAUUAUCAGAUAAACCUGAUUAUGAAAUAAUUAGUGAAGGUGUUAAAAAACAAACAUUACCAUCUGCUCGAACAAAACAUCGUACACAAUAUUUGCAUGAAUGGGAAAAGAAACCUGAACUAACACUCGAUCGAUUUUCGUCAGAUUUGGCUACUCAAUAUCCAUUUAUAAAUUAUAUCAUUGCACGUGCGUUAAUCAUUAUCAAUCACGAUCAGUUUCAACAUCAUGUUCUAAAUGAAUUGUGUGCUGAAAUUGUCAAAAGUCGUACAAGAGAUUGUAAUGAAUUACAACAAUUUGUUCAAGAAGAAUGCACUCAACUGAAAUUACAAGUUUGUGUUGAUAAAUUAAAUGUAGAUAAUGUUCUUAUGCAAUGUGUCUUUAAAACAAGAACAGUCAAUAAAUCAACAAAAGAAAUUGAUGAUAUGGGUUAUGGCGGUGAACAACUUCUUUUAGGUGGCCGACUAUUUCCUGUAUUAGAUAAUUCAAUUGAUAAAAUAUUCAAGUUGAAAGUGAUCGAUGAUCUUAGUCAACUGAAAAUUAAAUUGGAUAGUACACUUGAACCUGAUCAACAAACAAAAACUAUAUGUCAUGCUGUUCCAGUUCGCUCAACACGUCAAAAACUUCGACGAGCUGAUUCGGAUUCAUCAUUAUGUUAA